GCCGAGACUUUGAUUGCCGGCGCACACGAGUUGGAGGAAGGUCCGAUUCGUCCCACGGCGGUGGUCUUGGCUCCAACGCGGGAGCUUUGCCAGCAGAUCACGCUGGAAGCUCGCAAGCUUUGCUUUAGGACUCUUGCUCGAGCAGUUGCUAUCUAUGGAGGUGCAGAUGCCUUGCCCCAGCUGAAGGCACUGGCAGAGGGCGCCGAGAUCGUGAUCUGCACACCCGGCCGUCUCGAGGACUUUCUGGAGCGUGGUGUCAUUAGCAUGACCAAC